GCCCUCCUGAAUAUAACACCAUCCGGCUCCCACUCUUCCUCUCAUCAACACAAGCAGCCAGUUCUUCACUUACUCAACAGAUUCUACACUCGACUACCGCCCAAUCUUCAGGCAUCACAGAGUUUUCCACCAGCGAGACAAGAAGAAGAGGGAGAUCAUGGCGGGUGCGGCGAAGGCGUCAUGGACGGCGGCGAUGAGCGUGGGCGCCGUGGAGGCGCUCAAGGACCAGGCCGGGCUCUGCCGCUGGAACUACACGCUCAAGUCCGUCCACAGGACCGCCAAGGCCAGAGUAAAUGUCCACGGUGGCGCCUCGCAGAGCACCAAGCAGCUUCCAGCGUCUGCCGCAGCGGUGGCGGAGAGGCGGCGAGCGGAGAAGGCCGAGGAGGGGCUGAGGACCGUCAUGUACCUCAGUUUCUGGGGUCCCAAUUAGUAGUAGCUAGCCAGAGGUGUUUCUAAAGUUCUGCUAGCUUCAGCCACCAGCAACGACAACCUUGCCGUAUGACUUGGCUGGUUAAUUCCCUCACGAUUGUAAAUAUGUCUCACCAUGAUGAUGAUGAUGAUGAUGAAAUCUUCCCCACUCUGAGUUCACAUUA